AUGAAUGACUACUCUACCCCAGACGGCGUCAAGCACGCCCGCCAAGAAUUAGGAAUCCAGCCUCGGCUGUACUCUAUCAACAACCCGCCCUCAUUGGAAGACUUCAAGAAGCUAACAACGGAGUCUUCAUCAAUUCACUAUCCGCUUGCAAGCACUGUCGAGUCGCACGUGCCGAUAUAUCAUCUCCCCGAUUAUUCAUCAUUGCGUCCAGAACACCAUGCUGCUCUACAGGACGAAUGGUACCACAUCCUGCUUUCAGGCCCCGGCGUCUUCAUCAUCAAGAACCUCUACCAAGACACGUCUUUAAUUGACGACGUCAACAAAGUCUACUCAUCAAUAAUUGCAGAAGAGAAACAAGCGUCUAGCCAACGCGGCGACCACUUUGCAGGCGCCGGCGCAAACGACCGCAUUUGGAAUUCACUAUCCAAACACUGCCUCCUGGAUGCAGCCUCAUUUGUAAAAUACUACUCCAACCCUUGGCUUCUAUUGAUAUCCGAGGCAUGGCUCGGUCCGUAUCACCGCUUGACUGCACAAGUCAAUAUUGUGAAGCCCGGCGCCCAAGCCCAGAUUUUGCACCGAGACUACCACAUUGGGUUCCAAGAUAGCGAGUCAUGCGCCAAAUUCCCAAAAGGAGUGCAGAUUGCAUCGCAGUUUCUCACGCUACAAGGUGCAGUUGCGCAUUCGGAUAUGCCCGUAGAAAGUGGUCCGACGCGAUUGUUGCCGUUCAGUCAGAAGUUUGAGCAAGGGUAUAUGGCAUAUCGGAUACCUGAGUUCCAGGACUUCUUUUUGAAGAAUUAUAUUUCGUUGCCAUUGGACAAAGGUGAUGGAUUGUUCUUCAAUCCUGCACUGUUCCAUGCUGCAGGUCAGAAUGACUCUGCGGAUAUCAUGCGCUCGGCGAACCUACUGCAGAUUUCGUCGGCGUUUGGUAAGCCCAUGGAAUCGAUUGAUACGUAUUCUCUUAUUGAGCACACAUGGGAUGCGCUGUCAGAGAUGUAUGUGAAGAAUAGGUUCAGUGAUAAGGUUAAGGCGUUUGUCAGUGUUGUUGCAGAGGGGUAUCCGUUUCCCACCAAUCUUGAUAGGAGAGUACCCGAGGCCGCAGGUAUGGCUCCGACAAGCGAGCAAGACUUACUCUUGAAGUGUUUGAAAGAUGAUAUUUCAAAGGAAGAUGUGCUGGCUCAGCUACGGAAAAUGAAGGAGGAUUCGAGGGCGUGA